GGGAGCCGGGUGGUGUCUUCGGUGGUAGGUGUCGGGGCGAUGGCGGCUGCUCAGGGGGAGCCGGCUGGUGGUGAAAGAUGUCGAGAGAUGGAGGUGCGAAGGUCACAAGAAGGGGAUGGGGCACUGCAGGUGGUUCCCAAACCCGAGAACACUCGCGAAAAAAUGGUUCUGUACCAUUGGUCGCAGUCUUUCUCUUCACAGAAGGUUCGUUUGGUUAUUGCAGAAAAGGGUCUAAAAUGUGAAGAGUAUGAUGUUAACCUACCAUUGAGUGAACACAAUGAACCUUGGUUUAUGCGUUUGAACCCAGCAGGAGAGGUGCCUGUGCUAAUUCAUGGCGAUAACAUUAUCUGUGAAUCCACUCAGAUCAUUGACUACUUGGAGAACACCUUUGAAGGUGAAAACAUCCCCAAAUUGAUGCCAGAAGAAGGAAGUCUGUAUUAUCCACGAGUACAGCAUUAUCGAGAGCUGCUAGACUCUCUCCCCAUAGAUGCCUAUACCCAUGGUUGUAUCCUUCACCCAGAGUUAACUUUGGACUCCAUGAUUCCUGCAUAUGCGACCACAAGAAUUCGCAGCCAAAUUGGAAACACUGAGUCUGAAUUAAAAAAACUUGCUGAAGAGCACCCAGACCUACGUGAAGCAUAUUUAGCAAAACAGAAGCAAAUUAAGUCAAAAAUACGGGACCAUGAUAAUGUAACCUACUUGAAAAAAAUAUUCCGUGAGUUGGAAAAUGUUCUUGAUCAAGUGGAGACUGAGCUACAGCGAAGGAUUGAGGAAACACCAGAUGAAGGACUUCAGCCAUGGCUGUGUGGUGACUUCUUCAGUCUUGCAGAUGUGUCUCUCAGUGUGACGUUGCAUCGACUAAAGUUUCUUGGACUUGCCAGAAAAUAUUGGGGAAAUGGAAAACGGCCAAAUUUAGAAUCAUAUUAUGAUCGUGUGUUACAGCAGAGGACUUUUCGAAAGGUUUUGGGAAAUGUGAACAACAUUUUAGUGUCAGCAGUACUACCUACUGCUUUCCGGGUUGCUAAAAAACGUGCUCCCUCCUUUUUGGGGGCUAGUUUUAUUGUAAGUCUGCUGGGAGGAAUAGGGUACUUAGCCUUCUUAUUCCUUAAAAAGAGACUUUCGUAAAUUUUUGUUGGUAUGAACUUGCUCAAAUUCUUGGUAAAUAAAAUUAUAGAAGACCUGUGACAUCUAGCACUAUGUUGCAGUUAUCUAGUAAAAAUAUAAUGGAAUAGAGACAUUGCAGUAACUUGUUUGCUGUAGUAACAAAAUUUACUGUCACUAUUUUAUUUUCAAACAGUAAGAUUGUAAUUUGUGGAAAGUUUAAAUGAACAUCUACACAACAGUUUAUUUAUUAUAGAACUCCAAAUAGGUUCACUUUUGUAUAUGUAGCCAAUUUCAGAUAAUAAACUGUGAACUGGCAAAACUCCACUAUUUAAUGGUUACUGCACAUUAACAAUUCUACAAUGCACUGAAAAGACAGGAACUAAAUGUGAGUCACUUGGGUUCAAAAGUUAGUCAAAAAUCUACUCUCCAACCUACAUGUAUCCAAAUUCUACGCAUGGCUUUUUUUCUGUCUAGCUUUUGAUAUUAUGUCCUUUUAAUGUAUUUUGUGGACAUCAACCUUCUAUAAUCUUUUUUGAGGGUGUGUGCACUGUAUUGGUUUUAUAGUUUUUGUUUUUGUUCGUUUAUUAGUUGGUUUGUUAGUUAAUUUGAGAAUACAGUUUCUAUAUCAAAUAGUCAUUGAAUAAAAGUUUCAAGCAAACAAUUUACCUAC